UAUAUUUCAUUGACUUGAAAAGUGUAUUUGUAUAAAAUGUUUUACAAUUCAAAUUUAAUGAGCAACAAUACAUUAGGAAUUGUUUGGUGUUACGCAAAUCAGCAGAGAGUUUCCAAUGAUGAUGUUGAAUUGCCGAAAAUAUGUUCUACAAUAGAGAAAUGGGUUAAUCACGACGGUACUCGACGAGGACGGCUGUCCCUCCGGACCUCCACGCUGUUACUUAACGGCACGGCACGUUUAUAUAAGGAGGAACUCGACAAGUUAUAUAAAGAUUGUAUUCAACUUGACAAAAGGAUGCUGUAUCGUCGUUCGCGAAGCACAUCUGUCACAGAUGAUAAUCAUUCAUCCUCACCAGAGAUAGAACAUUCGAGAAAUUCAAUGAAGAAUAACAAACGACGCAAACAUAAUAAACGUCAUAGAAGUUCUAAAAGCAAUUCACAGAGGUCGCUAGCGGAGGAUCGUCGGCAAUCGGAAGGUUCACGGAACGUCGAAAGCUUUGAAACUGGUCCUGCGAAUUAUGACCGGCAGAACUUUUCCACAACGAAAACAUCAGACGCAGGAGUCCAAACGACAAAAUCAUACAUCGCCAAUUUGAGAAAUAAGUAUAGUUACACUCGUAAUAAUGCAAAUCUGGCCGCUGACACACCCAUGGGCCUUAUUAUGGUGUACAAUAAUAUUUCACGCUUGCCGAGCAAAAUAAUAUGUGCCAAUAUUAACAAGGAUGUUAAUUUGCUUUGAAAUACAUAUAUUCGAUAGAUUUUUUCCUGGAAUUCUUAAAUGACGUCUAUACUUGCAAUUAAUUUGAU